AUGCGUGGAGAGCGCAGACCAAGUCCAAUUGGUAUACGUCUUCGUUCGGGCACUUUGCUAAAAGACUUGAUUCGAGCAGUGAAUACUCCACUUCCUCCUAGUUCUACACCAAGUGAAUUCUCGGACUCAGACAAAGAGGAAGACAACACAAUGGGAGGUCGACCACCUGCUCCAAGAACACUCAAGGAGCUCAAUUCUCCAAACAUUGACCAGCAACCUUUAUGUAUUCAGCUGAAUGGAACCAUUGAGUUGAAGUUGCAAUUGAUUCACGUGCUGCCCAAAUUCAGAGGUUUAGCGAGAGAGGAUCCUAAUCAUCACUUACAACAAUUCCAUCAUGUUGUGACUAGUUUGAAGCAAGCAACUGCAGAUGCCGAUAUGGCUAUGAUGACAACUUUUCCUUUCUCCCUUAUAGAUGCUGCAGGAGAAUGGUUCUUUUGCUUACCUCCUGGGAGUAUAACCACAUGGAAUGGUAUGAAGAAGUUAUUCCUUGAGAAGUAUUUUCCGGCAUCAAAAGCAGCUGUGAUUCGCAAGGAGAUUUGUGGUAUUAGACAAGUAUCGAGGGAGACUCUCUAUGAAAAUUUGAUCGAUGCCGCAAGUGGUGGUUCACUCACCAUCAAAACCAUUGUUGAAGCUACAAGCUUAUUAGAGAACAUGGAUGCAAACACUCAACAAUUCUACAUUAGGGGUGAGAAAAUGGUAAGGAAAGUGAAUGAAGUUGGUGAUUCUUCACAUUUGGAACAUAGAAUGGGUAACAUGGAGAGGAUUAUGCAACAAAUAGCAGCUGCCGUCAUACCAUCAUACACCGAAGAAGUCGAUCAAGCAAGGGCUAUGUACCAAAAUCAGCAAAGGUCAAGAUAUGACCCAUAUUCCAGCACAUAUAAUCUGGGUUGGCGUGAUCAUCCUAAUUUCAGCUACGCCAACAAGAAAGCUGCAGUUUCCACACCUUUCAAUCAACAAGGUGGAUACCAAUUCUUGCAAAGGACGCAACAAGAAGCUCAAGGCAUGAGUAUAGAUGACAAGUUGAAUCUCAUUCUCAACACAAUGGCGCAAGAUAAGCAAAAGGCAGAGAUGGAUAUAAAGGACGUCCGAACACAAAUGGGUCAACUAGCUACUACUGUGAGCAAAUUGGAAGCACAAGCAGCUGGAAAACUUCCCUCGCAACAAUUGAAUCCCAGGGAGACUGUCAAUGCUAUUGAGUUGCGAAGUGGGAAACAAGUAGAGAAACCGACAACAUCACCGGAGUCCCAUGAACGUGAUUUAGAAAAAAAAGUGGACGAAACAGUCCCUAAAAAGACUUAUUCGGUAAAUUCUAACUCUAAACCUCUUGUUUCUACUUAUGUUACUCCUUCACCUUUUCCUAGUAGGUUUGCAAAAUCAAAUAAGGAGAAGUUGGACAAAGAGAAACUCCCACCUAAAUUGAAAGACUCCGGCAGUUUUACUAUACCUUGCACGGUUGGUAAAACAAGGUUUACAAAAGCUUUGCUAGAUUUAGGAGCAUCUAUUAGUGUUAUGCCUGCCUCAAUUUAUGAAUCUUUAAAUCUUGGUCCUCUCAAAAGUACCAGCAUAGUUAUUCAACUUUCCGAUAGAUCUAAUGUCUACCCGAAAGGGGUUGUUGAAAAUGUUUUGGUGCAGGUUAAUGAGCUUAUAUUUCCUGUAGACUUCUAUGUUCUUGAUAUGAGUGAUGAAAACUCAUCAUCGUCUACACCUUUGUUGUUGGGUGGACCAUUUAUGAGAACCGCUAGAACAAAGAUAGAUGUAUUUGAAGGUACCUUGACAACGGAAUUUGAUGGAGAGGUCAUUCGCUUUAACAUCUUUGAGGUGAUGAGAUAUCCAAGUGAUGUGCAUGUUGGCUAA